GAAACUGUAAGAAAAAUAUAUCUAUAAGGAUAAAAAGACUUAUGGAAAAGUCAAAGUUGUCCUUACAGAAAAUAGUUCACACUGUCUUCCAUUUCGUGUUUAAGGCACCUAUAUCUAUUGCGGAGUAGAUAACAAAACCGCGAUCCAGUGGUAGGAGUUUUGUCGAGAAGUAUGUUCGGGGAAGAUGCUUCGAGACAAACUCCGCUCGGUCAUGAGGUAGAAAUAGAUGAGAGCUUGCUCUUUCAAAGGAAGAGCCACGUAGGGAGAACAGGCCAUCAAACGUGGGUUGUCGUCGGAUGCUAUGACACCACUGUGAAAAAAGGAUUUCUACAGCGUGUACCCGACAGAAGCGCAGCAACACUAGAAGCUGUUAUAAUUGAAAAUGUGUUACCCGGUACUAUAAUACAUACAGACAAAUGGGCCAGCAUACAACAGCUGGGUUGCAUUCACAGAACAGUUAACCCUUCAAAGAAUUUCGUCGACCCUGAAAUUGGCGCUUGCACGAACCACAUGGGGGCCUAUUGGUCUCGUAUCAAAAGACGGCUAAAGUAUGUAACUGGAUCAUCGGGCGACAUGAAAUGGUCCCGCAUCGAUGAAUCAAUGUAACGAGAAAUGUAUGAAAUACUCAUAGAGCCAACUUAACCGAAAUCAAGCAGAAAGUUUUCCCUUGAAGAUCAACCCAUAUUCUUUCAGGGAAUAUGUCAGGGACCAUUAUCAUCCAAUGUCUUUUAGGUUUUGAAAAUUGUAAUAUGCGAUUUGAGAGAAAUUUGACAGUCAUUUCUAGCAGAUCAAGCGCCAACAAUGGGACCUUUAUUUAUUUAUUUUAAUAUGAAAAGGAAAACAAAGGUUUCAGAAGUUUCCUUUUGAAAUAUUACAACACGAGGUAAUUAGCAGUUACUUCAAAUUAAUGCUUGCAAUUGUUAUUUUAACAUAAAGAAUAAAAUUUCACUGCGAUUUUCGUUUCACACUGAGCAAACAGAAGAAUCAAAUGAUUUCCAGCUAUUAUUUACGAUUAAAUAUUUUAUCAAAAAUAUUCCAAUUAAUAUGUUACUGAAAUUAAGACUGUGGAUUUGCUCGAAUAAGCCUGACUUGGGUUUGAACAAUCUACACCGCAGUAACUUCACUAGAUCUUAAGAAAUUAACAAUAAAGCCCAAUAUGACAAGAGAAAAUACAAUCUGAUUGAACAAUACAAAUAAUUUUAUUUGAAAUCUACUUAUAUAUAUAAUGUGUGAAAUACACAUACUUCUUAAACUGAAAUAUGGAGAGAAAUGCAAAAUUAUUGAAAAGAAGCCAUUUUACGAAGUCGAAAGUGAUGGGAAAUUCGUGAAAAGGGAGCGUAACUGAAGUAACACGUUAUGGCUGCUGAGCAAGUUGUUGCUCCUGAUUUGGAGUCUGAAGAAGAAGAGGAUCCAUUUUUUCAAGAUAUUGAACAAUUACAGAAUCACGGAAUUAAUGCAGCUGAUAUUAAGAAGUUAAAACAAUCAGGAAUAUGCACCAUCAGGGGUAUACAUAUGACAACCAGAAAGAAGAUGUGUACAAUAAAAGGUAUAUCUGAAGCAAAAAUGGAAAAAAUCAAAGAAGCUUCUCUGAAAAUUUGUGAAAAUGGUUUCUUUACUGCUCUGCAGUAUGCACAUAAACGUAAACAGAUUUUCCAUAUUUCUACGGGCAGUGCGGAGCUUGAUAAACUUCUAGGUGGUGGGAUUGAAAGUAUGUCUAUCACAGAAGCUUUUGGAGAGUUUCGAACUGGGAAAACACAGUUGUCUCACACCUUGUGUGUUACUGCACAGCUACCUGGGACAAAUGGUUACACUGGAGGUAAAGUGGUAUUUGUUGACACAGAAAAUACAUUUCGUCCUGAUCGCUUGAGAGACAUUGCAGAUCGUUUUAAUCUAGACCAAGAAGCAGUUUUGGAUAAUGUAUUAUAUGCCAGAGCAUAUACCAGUGAACACCAAUAUGAACUUUUGGAUUUUGUGGCAGCCAAGUUUUAUGAGGAACCUGGAAUAUUUAAACUGAUGGUUGUUGAUUCUGUUAUGGCUUUAUUUCGUGUUGAUUUCUGUGGACGAGGAGAACUGGCUGACAGACAGCAGAAACUUGGUCAACUUCUAUCACGACUUCAAAAAAUAGCAGAAGAAUAUAAUGUUGCUAUGUUCAUUACUAAUCAGAUGACAGCUGAUCCAGGAGCAAACAUGAUGUUUCAAGGGGACCCAAAGAAACCCAUUGGUGGACACAUUCUAGCACAUGCAUCCACCAUUAGGAUUUACCUUCGUAAAGGAAGAGGAGAUACAAGAAUUGCAAAGAUCUAUGACAGCCCAGAUCUACCAGAAAGUGAAGCAACAUUUUCCAUCACACAAGGAGGAAUCAAUGAUGCAAAAGAAUAGAAGUCAUAUCAAUGUUGAUAAACCAGGCCAAACUGUAGCUUUUAUUGUCUUAAACAAAAUAUGUAUUUUAUUAAAAGCACUUCAACAUUCUGAAAUUCAAAUAUUGGGUAAAAAUAAUAAAACAAAACUAUUGCUCUCUUCACAGUUUAUCUAGGUGUUGAAGCACUUACUUUAAUUCAUUAUAUCUGAUAUUUGUAGAAAUAAAGGCAUUAGACUGGCAGAAUUAUCAUCAUGCAGGAUAAAAUGUUGCUAAGUAGUUCUAUCUCUUCACAUUCUGUGUUCAAAUGCCACUGAGGUUGACUGCUUUUCAUCCUUUCAGGAUCAAUAAAAUAAGUACCAAAUUGAGCACUGGGGUUGAUGUAAUCAACUUCCCCUCCCCUCAACAUUGCUGGCCCUUGUGCCAAAAUUAGGAAGGAUAUUAUAUGAAUAGGAAACUCAUUCCAGCAUAGACAGAACUUUUACACAAUUAUAAAUGGUUACAAACAAAUGAAAAAAAAACAAGAAAAGAAUAUUAAUAUCAAAAUAUUUUAUUAAGGCAUUUCCUCUACAUAUGAAGUGAAUGAAUGAAAUGAAUGUAAUGAAAUGUAUCUCUAUGAAAUGAAGUUGCUGCCUUCUGUAACUAUAUUUUUCAGAAAAAUGAAUGUAAGUAGCAAGAUGCCAACAAUAAGAUUUACUAACUUGGUUGACAAAACAGUAUUUCAGAAAAAAGUGAUGGUUGAACAAAAAUAAAAUUGCAUAAAUAAUUUCAGUUCAGAAAGUUUUCAGUUAAAAAAAAAAAAAAAAAGUAAUGGUAAUUUUUUUUUGUUUGUAUUUUAUGAGUAAACAUUUUCACUGGAUUUUAUAGCAAAACAAAGUUGACAGAUUACAAAUUACAAAUCAUUUUGUUAAGUUACCUAUUGUAGAAUUUUCAAAAUGAAAUAA